AGCUCUAAUUCUCAAACAGUCGAAGUCAUCCAGGGGCUAAACCCCCUGGGCAUGAUGCAGAGCACUGUGAGAAAUGUGGAGCUGUCUUUAGGUCAUACACAGCCCUCAGGAAACACCUAAAGGAAAACCAUCCAGAAUCUCUUUUGCAUACUUGCAAGAAGUGUGGCUCAACAUUCAAGUAUUCUUAUCUUCUUGCUCGACAUACCAAAUGUUUGUCAGUCUGCCCACAGGGAACGUGUAGUACCACCACCAAAUAAUUUUCACAAAUGUGAUAUUUGUGGUCGAGAAUAUCGCAUUCGGUCCCGGCUGGAGAAACAUGUAAAGAUGGUUCACACUCACCCGGAAGCUCGAGUCUACCGUUGUACAACAUGUAACCUGACAUUUGCAUCAAAUAACCAGAGAGUUCAGCAUUACCGUGCUGUGCACCGCAAGCGAAAGCAGCCUCAUUGUAAUGAGUGUGCAAAGUCUUUUGAGACAGUUGAUGAACUCAGUGUUCACAGGCAAGAACAUAAGAUUGAUUGCCCAGUGUGCAAUAAAACUUUUGUGAGACGUGAUACACUACGAGAGCACCUUCUCAUCCACAAUGGUCCACGACUUCCCUGCCCCUAUUGUUCAAAGACUUUCACGCAAAAUUCAAACCUUAAAAGACAUAUACGAAUCCACACAGGUGAAAAGCCAUACAAAUGCACAUUUUGCAGUAAAUGUUUCGGUGAUAAAUCAGCCUGUAACAGCCACAUCCGUGUUCAUACAGGGGCUGAGCGUUGCAUGUGUCACAUAUGUGGGGCAUCAUUUUCUAAACGUCAGAAGUUGACAUAUCAUAUGCGCAAGCAUACUGGUGAAGGUCUUCUUCAUUGUCCUCUAUGUACAAAACCCACAACAAAUUCGUAUGCACUAAAAAAACACAUGGAAACACAUCAGCAACCUCUUAUGAAAGUCUUGAGUAGCAUAGGUAUUGCUUCAAUGAUCGAAGACUUCUCAGAGACAACCCUUACAGCAUUACGCAACCUGGCUCAUUUGGCAACUAAGAGGAGCUCAGAAUUUGCUUCUAAACAAAAAAUAAAUAAACAGGAAAAUACCAGGAAAGAUACGAAUAUCCAGGGAAGCAAUAUGUACAAAGCAGACUUAGAAUCUUCAGUUGUAGCUCAGCGAGAGAGCAGAACAGACCAUAUAUCUAAGUGCAUGGUCAAAGCAGAAAAUUCAGAAAUAGAUUCAAGAGAAUUGAAAGCUCAGGAAUGUAACAAGAAUGAUAAUAUACAAUCUCCUGAUACUAUUAAAGUAGAUAAUCAUGAAAGACAUCUUUUGAGAGAUUAUUCCAAGGGAGAUGAUAAUAGCUUAGAGAUGAAUAAUUCUGACGAACUUUUGCCAGAAAAAUCUAUUGUUUUCACUGAGAAAAUGGAAGAGAGAAAGACAGAAAGUAAGAAAAGUAAUUUUGUUGUUAAUGACAAAGAGCAGCUUGAAUUAACAAAUAAUGAAGGCUCAACUGUAGCAGCACAGGAACAGACAUUUGGGUCACUAAUAUUGCAGGGGACUCCAGCAGUUGUACUUAUGCAGCUGGUAGAAAACAUUGUGGAAUCUCAUUUUGGAUCUUUUCAUGCGGAGGAAGUUCGACCAACACUUGGAGAUCAGUUAGUAGAACAGUGUCUAGAGGUAAUGAUGCAUGAUGACACCUCAAGGUCUAGUGAUGAUGGUAAGAGUGGAGAUGCUUGUGCUGAGUCUAGUUCAGUACAUGAUUUAAGUUUGAAUACAGACAAACAGAAUAUAUCAAGAGCACAUAAUAACUCCAACAAUAAAGAAAAAAUAGACGCAUAUAUGGCUGAUACUUUGUUAGAUUCUAAUACACAUAUGGAUGAUCAGUUUCUUUCAGGUGAAAGUGAAAGUGAUUUUUAUGUGUAUACAGACAAUACUGAUUUCUGUGAUGCAAGGUCUAAAAACAGUGUAAAGAAAGAAAAAUAUGACAAGUAUGAUAGGACAACUGAUAAUAAGGAAAUAGGUUUAUUUCAAAGGGAGGUUUUAGGCGAUGACAGUUAUGUAUUUUCCACAUGAAUGGCUUCAGGAACACCAACUGAGAUUGUGCCAAUAUACACAGAAACCAGACUACCCCAUGAAGAUGUAAUACUGUGAUGUUAUAACCAAGAUGGAAAUAGUUACCUCAGGAAGAUGUAGGAACCUCAAGCCAUGUAGAGCAAGAUUGUAAAGGUGCAUGUGCAUCUUGCAAAUCAUCUGAUACAAUUUAGGAAAAAUAACUUUGUAAAACAGAUUGUUGUAGUGUAGCAAAUAAUGUAACUGAGUGAAAUUGGGAGUAAAUUCAGUGAUGAAGAAUGUACUAACAUGCAUUUUAGAAUAUUAAUUGAAUGUAAAUUGUGUUGUCAUGUGAACAAAGAACAACUCAGUUGAGAAUUCAUAUUUUUGAGCUUAACAGAUACAGACACAGCAGACUGUGUGAGAGAGUGAGAGUGAGAGUGAGAGAGAGCGAGAGAGUGAGAGAAAGUGAGAGAAAG